CCAUUGGCCCAAACCCACAUCAGUCUGUUGAUUUCCAAGUCCCCCUCAAGUUUGAAACUUUUUUUUUUUCUUUUAAACGAGUAGGAGGAAUCGGGUUCCAGCAAACUCUGGUAACUGAUCGCGCAGCAGCAGCCGAGGGAAAGAAAACGCGCUUUCAAUAAUUUACACAUCUGUGGCGAGUACGCGGUUACAGAAGAGACAAAUAAAUAAAACAACAGCGAGUACAGGACGUUUUACAACCGACAUCCAACAAAACAAGUGGAAGGGGUGGGAAAAGUAUGCUGUGAAGUGACUUUAUUGGCUCUGCCAGGAUGAAGACUUGAGAAAUUUCGCUCAGAUUUAGUAACUUGUCAUCUGUCUGGCUGACCGCUCCUGUGUCCCACUGAAGCUGAGAGUAAGACUUGACCAUGGACUCCUUCAGCACUAAGAGCCUAGCCCUGCAGGCGCAGAAGAAACUGAUGAGCAAGAUGGCCACAAAGAGCAUGGCCAACCUCUUCAUCGACGACACCAGCAGUGAAGUGCUGGACGAGCUGUACCGUGUCACCAAGGAGUACACCCGCAACCGCAAAGAGGCCCAGAAGAUCAUCAAGAACUUAAUCAAGAUUAUGGUGAAACUGGGAGUGCUCUACAGAAACAGUCAGUUCAGCAGUGAGGAGCUGAUCCUAGUGGAGAACUUCAGGAAGAAAGUCCACACUCUGGCCAUGACGGCGAUCAGUUUCCACCAGAUCGAGUUCACCUUCGACCGCCGCGUCAUGAGCGCUAUUUUGAACGAUUGCCGUGACCUGCUGCACCAGGCCAUCAAACGGCACCUGACAGCCAAGAGCCACUCGCGAGUCAACCACGUCUUCAAUCACUUUGCCGACUGUGACUUCCUGGCGGCUCUGUACGGGCCCUCUGAGGUUUAUCGCGCUCAUCUGCAGAGGAUCUGUAAUGGGAUCAAUAAGAUGCUUGAUGACGGAAACCUCUGACCUCUGCCUCGGCAUCAAGCACGCUUACCUCGAGUCACCACCCCCCAAAUGUGGGAUUUCUUUUUUUAAGAUGACAAUCAUGAACAUUUGUGGUUUUUUUUUUUUUUGUUUGUUUUUUUUGUUUUUUUUUGUGUUUCCGUUUACUGUAACACCGAUGUCCUCUUGGCUGCUUAGUCCAAAGUAUAUUUCUUUUCCAGCCUUUUUGUUUAAUGAAUGUAAAAUUUCAUGCUCUUAUCUCUAUAGCCUUGACAACUGUGCCUUAAAUAACAUAUUUUAUCUUCAUUCCAAGGGCUUACUUUCUCUCUCUCGGCUUGUUUAAAAGGCAAGAAACCAGGCACGGGCCAACAGCUGUAUCUCUUAAAUGGACAAAAGUGGGUCUAGGAGCACCAUGACCAGGAAGAAAGUGAAUUUCCAAGGACAAAAAAAAGUUUUACUGUUUGUUUGUUUUCCCUAGAAGUAGUGUUGCACUCAGUCCUGAACAAGCGCUGUACUGUACUUUCCCGUUGUAGUAAAACCAUGUGAAGCACUGCAGUUGAGUAAUCCCGCUUAGCCUGCAUUUUGUGGCUCUCACGAUCAUGCACUGAGCUCCGCUCUGUAGAGAAACCUGGCUUUUUGUUUUGGAGGCACUUAUAUACCCACAUUUGCUUCCAAUCGUCUGGUUUAUAGCCACCACAACAAAGACAAAGUAUUUGGGUCAUGGUGGGAAUAUAAACUUGAAGGAAUUUGAAUGCGCUGCAUGUUGUUGAUUGUCUCUGCUCUGACUCGGAUGUCUCGCUGCCUGGACGCUCAUCUGGUCUGAAAAAUCACGGCAUGGUGGCGGCACAAUGUGGUGCCAGGUGCAAAGAUUGCGCCGGCAUUCUGUCAGAAGGGAAUUAAGCACGAACUCGGUCAAACUGCUUGCCAUAAUGGAUGUCAGAGUCUGGGGUCAGCUGUGUUUCAGGCUUAUCGGCAGAGCCUCACGUUUAUCCUAAAAGCACUAAAACUCCAGUUCAAAUUCUGACUGAUCUAAACUAAAAAGACUCCCCAUGAGCAGGCAGAUGAAAGGCUGGGCGAAAACUGCAGCUCCGUGUCUGUGAAGAGCACCGGGCAAAGCACAGAGAUUAGAGCAGAGACAAACACAGUACCUGAUUGUGCUCUCCCACUGCAAUUAUAGCUCCCCACUCUGGGGUGGCAUAAUGGCCGGGAGCUUGCCUCUGUCGAGCAGCCACUCCAUUUCACCGCACAGCAGCCUCAUGUGAAGAGAUGGAGAUAACAUCUCUGUUUGCGCGAUGCAAGUCCUUUUAAUGGAUUGAAAGAUGAUGUUGUGUUUCUUCCUUACAAAGGAGUAUAUGAAUAGUUACUACUACCCCUCUCCAACCUUGCUUAAUAGCCAUCUUUCCUUUUUGUCUAUGUGUUUUUGUAUCACUGAGCUUGUCUGGGAGAUUGUUUUUGUGCUGCGGCCUCAUUUUGUAUUCUGUGUGUGUGUGUGUGUGUGUGUGUGCGCGCGUGUGUGUGUUUGUGUGCAUACCUGUGAGAGAAUUGGAAAUUGAGCCGUGUAAUAAGCGCUGUGCAUUCCCAGAUAGGAUUGCUGAAACUUUAACUUCUUCUGCAGCAGCUCUGCCAAAGGAGGGGGGAAAAAGGACUGGUGUUACUUAAAAUGCAGUCUUUUUCCUGAACAACACUUCAGAAGAUAAUAUGCACUUGAUAAUUCUAACCCAUUAAUGGUGAUAAUGAAGGCAGAGGUGGUGGCUGUUGUGAUUUUUAGUUCUUUUAAAAAAAAUUGCCUUUUAAUUCUUAGAUGACUUCCCUGAGUAUAUUCUCAUUUGUUAGAUUCAUUUAACUCCAACUUCAUCAUUUUGGGAACGCUUUGAAGUAAAUCCAUUGCCCCCCCUGCGAAACAGAUGAUAUUAAUUGUCUUCAAAUGCCAUUUUUUUCCCCAAUCCCUCCACAUCUCAGGGCGAGUUUAAAUCUCACUUAGUUUGAAAAACACGACGUACCAAAAGCACCACAAACCCCUUGGAACGACCGCACUUAUUUUACUAAAAUCCCUCAAAUAAAAUGUACUUUUCUUGUUGCAUUUUUACUCUUGUGAAUUGUGAAAUGUUUUUAUUUUCACGCGUGUACAUAGGAUUGUUUUUGUGCAUCUGUAUCGUAUCCAGACACAACAAAUUUAAUUAAAAUAAACUUUUCUGAAAAUGAAA